CAGAAGAUUAAAAACACGCGCUGCUCAUUUAUAUGGACUUUAAAAGUAUCUAAUUGUGCUUUAAAAGAAGUAUCGUACUGUAUAUGGAAGAAAAAUAGCAUUCAGGUGGAAUAACUGCUUCGGAUAAUUCUGAUAAAACAAUUGCUAUAUUUGCAUAAUCUACUGUAAACGUAUUCUUCGCAUUUAGAAUCCUUAUUAAGAAAACUACAGCAGUAGCAUGCUUCAGUCACAAUAUACGUGAAAGUGACACGAGUUGCCCUCACAAGGUUUAAGGGAAACUGCUCCCAUCAACUCCCGCUGAACAAACAGCACAUUCAUGAGCAGCAGUCGGUCAGUCAGCAGUAGAAUAUCUCUGGAGAUUUCACUUCUCUUUCUCUCUGAAUGUCUCAUUUGUUCAAAUGCGCCUCAUACAAUGAGGAUUAUAAUCUGGAGCAUCGCGAGCGCUUUCCUGUUCAGCGUCAUUUUUACCCAACGACAUCGAAGACCCAUUUUUACAUGUGGCGGGAACUUUACUGGAGACACAGGACUGAUUGGGAGUCAGGGGUAUCCCGGUGUCUACCCACCCAGCAACAAAUGUGUGUGGAGAAUUACAGUCCCUGAGGGGAGGGUUGUCUCCCUCUUGUUUCGGGUUCUGGAUCUUGAGAGCGAUAGUCUUUGCAGAUAUGACUUUGUUGAUGUAUACAGUGGCCACAUCAACGGGCAGCGUCUCGGCCGCUUCUGUGGUACUUCCAAACCCGGAGCACUGGUCACCAAUGGAAACAAGAUGCAAGUGGUCAUGGUGUCAGACGCCAACACAGCUGGGAGUGGUUUCCUUGCUGUAUACUCAGCGAUUCACCCAAAUGAAAGAGGUGACCGAUAUUGUGGGGGUCUUUUAGACAAGCCCUCUGGGACAAUAAAGACACCUAACUGGCCAGAAAAAGACUACCCAGCUGGAGUAACAUGUUCCUGGCAUAUUAUUGCUCCUCAGGACCAGAUCAUUGAGCUGACGUUUGAGAAGUUUGAUGUGGAGAGAGACAGCUACUGCCGCUAUGACCAUGUGGCUGUGUUUAAUGGUGGAGAAAUGAAUGAGUCACGGAAGAUCGGCAAGUUCUGCGGAGACAGCCCACCCAUGCCAAUUUAUUCGGAUGGCAAUCAUCUCCUCAUCAUGUUUUUGUCUGACCUGAGUCUAACUGCGGAUGGAUUCAUCGGCCAUUACCGGUUUAAAUCGAGGAGUCUCAGCACAGCCAGUGCCCCUCUCACCUCCAUGAGCACUAUACCACCCACUACACCACCCGUAGCCCUUACAUAUUCAGAAGGUCUUUGCAAGCAAAAAUGCAAAAGGACUGGAACAAUUGAAAGUCAUUACUGCUCUAGUAACUUUGUGAUUACUGCCACACUUAUCUCAGCGGCCAUGAGGGACCACAGCGUCCUCGCCACCUUUUCCCUCAUACACCUUUAUAAGGAAGGAAAUUUAGCCAUUCAACAGGCUGGGAAGACCAUGAGCACUAAAGUCACGGUCCUCUGUAAAAAAUGCCCUCUGGUCAGAAGAGGGCUUAACUACAUUGUCAUGGGACAGACAGAUGAACAGGGAAAGGGUAUUGUUUCCCCUCAUAACUUUGUGAUGGCCUUUAAAACCAAGAAGCAACGGGAUCUGGGAGUGCUGAAGAAUAUACAUUGCUAAUGUGCACAGGGCACCUCCUCCAAGUUUGGAUUUGUAUGACUUGUAUGAUUCACUUGAUGUAUGUGCAUUUAAUAACAUUCAUACUUGAAGGACAUUUCUGUAGCACAUUUUCCAAAUAGAACAUUUAAAAAACCUUUAAAAAGUUUUUGCUUGUG